GCGCGGUCGUGACGGGCGUGUAUCGCACCGACCCGCUCCUAUUAUUCACGCGUCACUUGACAGUUGUGCCGUGCAAAAUAAUGACUGUACACCAAUACUGUGAAACCUAGUGCUCGUUUCUACUUAUCUCAUUUUCAUAAUUUGUUUAAAAAAACUAUGAACAUUGUAUGACAGCUCGCUCAUUGGCCCGCCGUCUCGUUCAACCCGUAUCAGUGUGCAAUGCUAACAAGUACUAGCCGGUGAUUGUGAGUGUCAUGGCGCGAAAGUCUUCCGCCAUUUUGUUGGUGUUACCCGUGGUGCUGGAGGUGACUUUGGGGCAGUUCACCUCGCAAUGGGCCGUCCACGUGCCGGCGGGGAAGGAAGCAGCCGAUGCAGUGGCCAGGGACCACGGUUUUGUCAAUUUAGGAGAGAUAUUCGACAACCACUACCACUUCCAUCACAAUUCCGUGGCGAAGCGGUCGCUUGCGCCGGCGCACCAUCACCACGGGCGGCUGGAGGCGGACCAGCGGGUCCACUGGGCGAAACAGCAGCGUGUGCUGUCCAGGAGAAAGAGGGACUUUAUCCCUUUACAUGACAGUUCUUCUACAGCUGAAACAAAAACAUCAGACGUGCCUUCCCCCUCCUCGGCCUCAAAGCGGGACGCCAACUCCAAGCGGGAAUUCCAGCUGCUCAGAGCCAAAGGCCGGCCACGCCUCGCAGAUACCAAGUUCCAAUUGAACGACCCCAAGUGGCCUCACAUGUGGUAUUUGAAUCGUGGUGGGGGUUUGGACAUGAAUGUGAUUCCAGCGUGGCGGGAAGGUAUCACGGGCCGCGGAGUGGUGGUGACCAUCUUGGAUGACGGCCUGGAAACUGACCAUCCAGAUCUAGUUGCUAAUUAUGAUCCAAUGGCGUCUUACGACGUGAACGCCCACGACUCAGACCCACAGCCGCGGUACGACAUGAUCGACUCCAACCGGCACGGCACCAGGUGUGCGGGGGAGGUGGCCGCCACCGCCAACAACUCACUGUGUGCGGUGGGAGUCGCGUAUGGAGCUAGCGUCGGGGGAGUUCGAAUGCUGGACGGCGAAGUGACAGAUGCCGUGGAGGCGCGCUCCCUGAGCCUGAACCCUCAGCAUGUGGAUAUCUACAGCGCCUCCUGGGGCCCUGAUGAUGACGGGAAGACCGUGGAUGGACCGGGAGAGCUGGCCACCAGGGCUUUUAUUGAAGGCGUCACUAAGGGUCGCAACGGCAAAGGCUCCAUAUUCGUAUGGGCGUCAGGGAACGGAGGUCGGGAACACGACAACUGCAACUGUGAUGGGUACACCAACUCGAUAUGGACCCUCUCCAUAUCUUCGGCGACUGAGAGGGGGGAAGUGCCGUGGUACUCUGAAAUGUGCAGUUCUACACUAGCAGCGACCUACAGCAGUGGCACAAUUAAUGAGAAGCAGGUGAUAACGACAGACCUCCACCACUCGUGCACGGCGGGCCACACCGGCACGUCCGCGUCUGCGCCGCUCGCGGCCGGCAUCUGCGCAUUGGCACUGCAAGCUAACAGAGAUCUCACUUGGAGAGAUAUGCAACACAUAGUGGUCCGAACAGCAAGACCAGAGCGCCUCAGUUUAGGAGGUGAAUGGAGGGUCAAUGGCGUCGGUCGUAACGUCUCCCAUUCCUUCGGGUAUGGACUCCUGGAUGCAACAGGAAUGGUCCGGUUGGCCAAGACUUGGAGACGGGUGCCGCCGCAGAGGAGAUGUGAACUGGCCGCGCCCAGAAUACAGAGGAAUGUUCCGUCCAGAUCUACUAUUUCAUUACAGUUGGAUGUGGCGUCUUGCCCCGGCGUGAAUUACCUGGAACACGUGCAGGCGCGUGUCACGCUGUCUGCUCAGAGGCGAGGCGACCUCAGAAUCACUCUCACUUCGCCGGCUGGCACUAAUGUCACGUUACUGGCACCAAGGGCGCAUGAUUCUUCCCGUGCUGGCUUCAACUCCUGGCCAUUCAUGUCGGUCCACAUGUGGGGGGAAUCCCCCCUGGGUGUCUGGCAACUGGAAGUAUCUAACGAAGGCAGGUACCAAGGUCGGGCUACGUUGCAAGACUGGUCGUUAAUGUUGUACGGCACUAGCACGCCGGCUGCUAAAAACGACCCAAUCCCGUUCCGCAACCCUGUAUCCAGGAAUAAGAGCAACGCCACGCGCCCCGUGAUGGUGCAGUCUGGCCGGAGGAACAAUAAAGGAAAAGCUGUGUCAAUAGUGCCGACGUACACUGUCGGGCUUGUCAAGCGAAAGAAGAACAAGAAUUCGAAAAAUCCCAAUCGUAAUUCGCAAAAGCCGAAACAGGGUCGACCCGCGACUAGGUCGCCGAUCGAAAGUACGACCAGAACCACUACAUCGACAACGCCGGAUCUAAGCCUCAAUUUACGAGGAGACUUAACCGAUCCUUUGUCUGACGCCAGAGGACGGAAGAUGUCGAAUCUCUUCGAGCAAUAUCCGAAAAUCCAGCGUAUUUAUCCGGCGCCUCUCCGAGCCAAUGAAGCCGGGCCCCUGACACAAUGGGAGCUGAUAUUCUACGGCACUGAGACACCGCCCCAGGAGUCUGACACCUCCUCCGAGGCGAACCCCCAGGAGACCGGACCCCAGGCGAACCCUGUGGCCCCUGUGACCUCAUGGAGCGGAAACAACAACGACAUCGAUGAAGAUGUGCCUUUGGUUUGGCAAAAUUCUAAUUCGGUCGACGAAGACAGCCCAGAAUCGCCUCCACGAAGUCCGGUCGAAGCACCAGGAGGUCAGAAGUUUGUUGGAGGGAACACAAACAGUGGAUGCACCACCUACAGCUCCCAGCCGGUCCACCGCUGCAUAGAAUGCGCGAAGGGUUUGCACUUGUUCGACGGUCGGUGCUACGAUCGUUGUCCAGAUGGUACUUACCCCAGCGAGAUUCUUACGGAAAGGAGUUCAAGAAGACGAAAUCUUACUUACUAUUUCGAAGGAUCUAAUUUGUCAUCUGCUGCCAAACGACAGAGUGCUGAAGUAAAACCAGCUGCUUUAGAAGCUUUGGAUAUGGAACCUAGUGCCAAUUCGGCCAAAUCUCCUCUUACCUGUUAUCCAUGUCAUUACACGUGCGCGACUUGCUCCGGUCCACAUGAUAAUCAAUGUCUUUCAUGUUCUGACGAUGCACAACUAUUUAAUGGCACUGACAGUGAAUUAAAGACCUACUGUUAUUCACAUUCGGUUCUAUCGAAGUUAACUGAAGCACAUUGGCAUUCCAGGGUCAAUGUGAUUCUCUCUAUUAUACUAUUUACGUUAUCAUUUAUUUCCCUUUACUUUUUGAUGGUAUUUCUCAUAAAAAAGUGUGGUGUAUACUGCUGUGGAUCACACUACAGUUCUAAUAUAAAUAUAGCAUAUAACAAAUUGGCUAAUGAUGAGAAACUCCAAAGCGCCGUGGAAAUCGAAGACGAAAUUAAAAAGGCCUUAAAUGAUUCCAGUGAGAGUGAAUCUGACGAUGAUUUGAAUUUAUAGCGUUUAGUGAAUUUUCGUCGCGAAUAUUACGAAUUAGUCGAUCAACCGAGUGUUAGUGAUUAGGACAUAUAUAUGAUGGAGUAUACCGCAAGUAAAGGUUUCGCAAUGUGAUAUGACUAAACUUAUCGUCACAAUUAUUAUACACAUUUUUUAAAUUUUAUAGAACGGCGAUGAACGGAGACAAAAAAUGGUCGUACAAAAAUGGUUUCGGUAGUGUUUAGGUAAACUUAAUUUAUCCAAAGAUAAUAAAUAAUUUCUAAAAGUAAAUCUUGAAAUUGAUGGCUGUAUGAAUUUCCUCUCUAAAACUUUGAGCUGUUCGUUCAAAUAUAUCUGAAACCGGUCAUGUUUUAAUCAUAGAAUUAAAAGUUGAAAAGACACUUCAAAUUUUAAUUAAUACGAGUAUGUUAUGUACUACCUAUCUUAAAUUUCAUUUCAUUCUUUUAUUCCUAAAAUAACAUUCCAAUGUAGUUUGUAAAUUUCUAGGAAAUUUAAGAAGUAGAUAUAAUUUGCUCAAAUCGAGACAAUAAGCUCAAUUUAAAAUAUUUUAUAGUAAUAAUUGUAAUAUUCCACAAACCGAUUUUUCGUUCGAUAAAAAAUGCAGAUAUUGAAUUUAUAUUAAUGGUGCAUCAAAUUUCUUUAUAAUCCUCUAAUCAAUUCGUAAUAAAUUCACAUUUUAUUUGAAAAAAUAUUCUUGGGGACCAAAGUAAUUUUAAUUAAGUAUUAGUAUUCAGGUAAAAUUUUUAAUAAUGAGUUCUUAAUGUGACACAUGAAAGAACAAUGUUAUUUUAUGCAGUAGAUUUAAGAAUUACAAUAAUUUGUUAGGAAAAAUAUGAAGGUCAAGAACAUAAUAAUAGAUCUUGUAGUAUAACAAGGUAAGUUUUCAGGGUCAAAACAUAAAUUAAGUCGACCUAUUCAUUUUGAAUCUUUCUUUUUAUUUUUGAGCAUGAAAUUGAGUGAUUUUUAUCAGGGCAUAUAUUUUUUUACUUUUUUUUUCUAUUUCAAUUAAGUGUAGCUUUUUUUAUCUUUAAAUACAGGAUUAUUUUUAUUUUCAUUUCAUCGUUAAAGUCAUAAGUUAUAAAUAAUAAAAAAUAUAUUACUCAAGUUGCCAUUUUGUUUGUAUAUGUUGAUACUCAACCAAUGUGUAAAUAUUUUGUAUGUAAAUAAACGAGUUCCUAUUUUAA